AUGAUGGGCGCUGUUCGCUCCAACCGGGUAGCGCUGCUUGUCGCGGCCGUUUUCUUCACAUUCUUCAUGGGCUUGGCCCAUUUCCAUCUUAAUGCAACUCAAUCCCGCCCGGCUACUGCCAUCUCCGACUCCGACGAGUAUAUCCCCGACGUCGAUCACGCCGUUGCCAGCCCCGAUAACGCACCCAAGGAGCCCGAGAUCGAGGUCGUCGAGGAGGUCGUUGAAGUCGAAGUCGAGGAAACUCCUACUCCCACUCCUACACCCACCGCCGCCGAGUCCCAUGUCCUGCGCCCUCAGGACUUUGUGAUCCCUUCGGUCAAGCCCACAACCCCCCAAUUUGCCGAUUAUGGCGCUUGGGGAUGGAAGCUCCCUCACCCCGACCCCAUUUGGAAGGAAUCUCUGGGCGAGCGUCUUUGCAUCGUCGACCUCGAAAGCCGUCCUUUCGACAAGCCUGGACAGAUCUGGGAUCCCCAGGGAAUGAGCUGGAGCCGUGCCAAGGAUGUCCAUGGUCCUUCUGGCGGUACCCUUAACCACUGGGUCUAUUCCCAGAUUCACGGUUACAAGUACUACUAUGUCAAGAUCAACACCUACAAGGAUCGACGUGAUUCUUGGAAGAAGCCAUCUGUUCUGUCCAAGAUCCUCAAGAACCACGACGUCUGCAUCUUUAUUGAUUCCGACGCCCUCUUCAACCAUCUCGACCUCCCUCUCGAAUGGCUCAUGAACUACUGGAGCAUCUCGCCUCACAACAACUCCCUCGCCCUCGCCGUCGACCCCGAUGUCCAGCACAACCAUGACCGAUUCGGCAAGCUGUUCCUCAACACCGGCUUCAUGAUCAUGCAAAACAACAACAAGACAUACGACAUCUUCAGAGACUGGGACGACUGCCCUAACGAGGGUAGCAAGUACCCUGGGUGCACCGAGUUCCGACACCGUAAGGGCUGGCAGCCCACCGACCAGGGCGGCUUCGGCACCUUUGUGCGCUACGACUACCCCAAUGACAUCAAGGAGCUGCCCUGCACAGAGGCCAACGGUUUCCCCGAGGCCAACCAGGGCUGCAUGGGCAAGUUCAUCAAGCACGUUUGGCUAGGCAAGGAGGAUAGGCUCAAGAUUGUCGUCGGCAACGUGUUCCCCGGCACUCUUCUCGAGACCUUCCACAAGCAGUUCCUCGCAGCGAAGAACACCUUUUUCACAACAGAGGACGCUCUCAUGUCUAAUGAGUAA